CUGUAUUUUCUAUAUUCAGCGGAGGAGCACAGCAGUAUUAGCUGCCUCUUGAUUGGUCUUUGGAAUGCGAGCUACGCCAUAAUUGGAGGCUUGCCCACUUCCCAUCCAGCCGCAUCUGCUGCCCUGAAUCAUGUUUUCCGAGCCGGUCGGACGAACCCGCCACGGCUGAGUUUAUAUAACUACGGUUUCGAUCUUCAACUUUCUCGAAAUUUCAACACAUAGUGGGAGUGGUGUUUUCCCUCUUUUUGCCGUCUGAUGGCCAAUCCCACAUACCCCGCCUUGCAUGUCUGCGUUGUUGCAUUGCUUGCCAAGCUAGCUCCUUAGCGGAGCAUUAGCUUGCAGGUAGAGUCAGUCGGCGGUUCUGUUGCUGCACCGCAAGAAAGGGCCGAAGCUAUAUCUGGUCGGUGGAGCUAUGGGCGUUGGCUUGGCAGACCGGUGAUAUUACGGCCGAAAGAGCGAAGCUAUGGCUCAAGGAGGGUUACAUUGGCCUGCUUGAGGACCUCGACAGGAUGCAAUCCGGCUCUUUGGCUGCAUUGUAAGUGAGGGGUAGACAGCUAUACAAUGUUGUUCGGAGACAAUGGGCAAGUAUAAAGAGUGCGGAAAUAGUUGGCAUGGUCGCUAAGUGUAGUGAUAUUGUUUGUUAUUAAACGCGAAUUCGCUAUACAAGGUGUGCUAUACACUCUGUUGACGAUACUCAACCAUGGCUCUCCAUCUUCUCAGCUUGGUAGCCACUGUAUCAGCUGCAGCGCUUGCAAAGAACUCUCUCCCUUGUGACAUUUACGAAUUUGGUGAGACGCCCUGCGUUGCAGCACAUAGCACUACUCGUGCCUUGUACGCAAACUAUAGCGGCCCAUUGUAUCAGGUCGUUCGUGACUCGGAUGGCUCUACCACCAACAUCAACACCAAGUCUCGUGGAGGCAUCGCCGACUCUGGUUGGCAAGAUACUUGGUGUGCCGGUACAACUUGCGGUAUCAGCAUGAUCUACGACCAGUCUCCUCGUGGAAACCAUCUUAGCCGUGCUCCCCCAGGCGGCUUCAAGGGUCCCGAGCUCAAUGGCACCGACAACAUUGCCAGCGCAGUCGGCGCACCCGUUCUCUUAAACGGCAACAGGGUCUAUGGCGUCUUUGUGUCCCCCGGAACCGGCUACCGCCGCGAAGAUGUCAACGGAACAGCUGUUGGUGACGAACCGCAGGGCAUCUACGCCGUAUUUGACGGCGCUCACACCAACAACCAAUGCUGCUUCGACUAUGGCAAUGCCGAAACCAACGCUCUGGAUACAGGCAACGGCCACAUGGAGACUAUUUACUUUGGCGACAUCAACGGCAUGGGCAACGGGAAAGGCAACGGACCUUGGAUCAUGGCCGAUCUGGAGAAUGGCCUCUGGGCUGGCAGCAAGGAAGGCAAUGACCCCGGUGUACCGUCUGUUCCAUUUCGUUUCGUGACGGCUGUAGUCAAGGGCGAACCUAACCACUGGUCCAUCCGUGGCGCUAAUGCGGCCUCUGAUCGCGCCAUGUCUACGUAUUUCGAGGGCGAGCGCCCCAAGAACGGCUACAACCCGAUGAAACGUGAAGGUGCCAUCAUUCUGGGCAUUGGUGGCGACAACAGUGAUUGGUCACAGGGCACGUUCUAUGAGGGCUGCAUGACCGAGGGCUACCCCGAUGAUUCCAUUGAAGACGCGGUCCAGGCCAACAUUGCUUCCGCUGGCUAUGACAUUGCGCCGUUGAUGGAUGGACCCAAGGUCUCUGUUGGAUCAACCAUCUCGUUCCGCGCAGGCAGAUCUGGAAACAACUACCUUGCGCAUGAUCCUCACGCCGGCAACAUUAGCAUCCACACUGUCACCGACGGAAACUCGGCCGACGAGAAGAAGGCCGCGAGCUGGCGAGUGCGCACGGGUCUUGGAAACGCUGGAUGCUUGUCGUUUGAAUCGGUUGACCGCGCUGGCACAUUUAUCAGACACUCUGGGUUUAAGUUACAGGCCGACAAGAAUGACGGCACGAAGCUGUUCCGCGAAGAUGCUACGUACUGUGCUGUGCAGGGAUUCAGUGGUGAAGGAACCAACUCGUUCCGAAACUGGGGCUAUGCGGCGCGCUAUUUCCGGGUGUACAAUGGGUUUGUGUACACAGCGAGCAAUGGCGGCCCGCGUGAGUUUGAUACAAAGGCCAACUGGAACAAUGAUGCGUCGUGGACUGUUGUUGACGGCUUUGCGAGCUAA